AUGGAGCUGGCCGCCCGGGCCGCGCUCAGGGCCGCGCUGCCGCAGGAGGUGGAAUUCCUGUCGUCCUCCGUGGCGCAGCUCAAGGUGGUGCAGACCAAGUACGUGGAGGCCAAGGACUGUCUCGCGGUGCUGCACAAGAGCAACGAGGGGAAGGACCUGCUGGUCCCGCUCACCAGCUCCAUGUACGUCCCUGGGAAGCUGCUGGAUGUCGGGCGCGUGCUCCUCGACGUCGGCACCGGCUACUACGUGGAGAAGAGCGCGGAUGACGCCCGAGACUUUUUCAAGCGGAAAAUCGACUUCCUGACCAAGCAGAUGGAGAAGAUCCAGCCGGCACUCCAGGAGAAACAUGCCAUGAAGCAGGCCGUGGUGGAAAUGAUGAGCCAGAAGAUCCAGCAGCUGUCGGCGCUGGGGGCCACGCAGGCCGUGACGACCAAGGCGUAGCCCCGGGUCCCGCGGCUGCCCCUCGACGGCGUCACCACCGACACGGGCUGCUCCCGGGGGGCACCGUCCCCCUCCUCCCGGAACCCCCCUCCCUGCUCCGCAGGGCUCUGCUCCCGCCUCGCAAGCCGCGCGGAGCCGGAAUCCCCUUCCCGUUCUGUACGCGGCUGCCGGAGGAUGCAAUAAAGGAGAGGUGCGGGCCAGA